AUGGCCCCCAAAGUUCUCAUCGUCCUCACCUCCGUCGACACCCUGCCUGCCACUGGCAAGCCCACCGGUUGGUACCUGCCCGAAUUCGCCCACCCAUGGUACGAACUGCACGAGAAAUGUGACCUCACAAUCGCCUCCCCGAAGGGCGGAAAAGCACCCCUCGACCCAGCCUCCGUCGAGCUGUUCAAGGGAGACGAGAAAUCCGUCGAGUUCCACAAGACCCAGUCCGCCCUCUGGGAAAAGACAAAGGUCUUAUCUGACAUGAAGGCUUCUGACUUCGACGCUAUCUUCUACGUCGGUGGUCACGGCCCAAUGUUCGACCUAACAACCGACAAGACAAGCAUCGCAUUAAUCGAAGCCUUCGCCGCAGCAAAGAAACCCAUCUCAGCCGUCUGCCACGGUCCCUGCGUCUUCCUGAACACCAAAGCGCCAACCGGCGAAGCACUAAUCGCCGGCAAAACCGUAACCGGAUUCUCAAACCUGGAAGAGGACCAGGCGCAGCUAUCCGCUGCUAUGCCGUUCAUGCUGGAGGACGAGCUGAAUAAGAUCUCCGGUGGGAAGUUUGUCAAAGCGGCUGAACCCUGGGCUGAGAAGACUGUUGUUGAGACUACGGCUGGUGUUGGUGGGGUGCUUAUUACAGGCCAGAAUCCUGCUUCUGCGGAGGGGGUGGGGAAGGCUUUGUUGAAGGCUUUGGGGUUGUAA